AUGGGGGGCUCGCACAGCCGCGAGGACCUCGACCUAUCCGACUCCGAGUCCGAGGACGCCGAGUCCCGGGCCUCCGACAACUCUUCCGACUACGGCACGCCUACCCCGGCCUCCGCCUCCUCCAAGUUGGCCAGCGGCGCAGGGGCGGCGGCCACCCCCGCUUCCAUCGACGCCAUCGACCGCCACCUCCGCCAGCUCCACCUCAAGUACAACGAGCCCAUCUCCCCGAACCCUAGCCCCGGGCCCACCCCCACCCCCGGCGCCAAACCCACCGCGCUCAACGCCGUGAAGCUGUACCUCCACAUCGGCGGCUCCUCCCCCUCCGCCAAGUGGAUCAUCUCCGACCGCCUCGCCGCCACCUCCUUCGUGCGCACCGGCGACGACGAGGACGACGACGCGCCCGCCCGCGGGCCGUGGUGCCUCGUCGUGGGCUCGAAGAUCCGGGCCAGGGUCGGGCCCGAGCUGCAGCUCAAGACCUUCCCCGCGCAGCGCCGCGUGGAUUUCGUCGCCGACGGCGUAUGGGCCCUCAAGUUCCUCCAUGCCGACGGCUUCGGCGACUUCUGCGCGAAGUACCACAGCUGUAUGUUUGAGAACAGCUACGGCGUCGCAGCGACGGAGGAGGGCCGCGCCAAGGUGUUCGGGAAGGACUUCGCGGCGUGGGCGCGCCCGGAGGACGGCGACGAGUCGAUAUGGGAGGACGCCACCGACGGCUUCUCUCCGGGUCCCAAGGGCAGCCCGAUGCCCCCGCGGACACCAGUACUGAAGUCUGUGUUGGAGGAUCUGCAUGAGUUUGAGGAGCCCGUUGAGGAAGGGAGUGGAAUCAAGAGUCUUGCGCUUGGCGCACUGGAUAACAGUUUCCUUGUUGGAGACAAAGGGAUUGAGGUUGUGAGGAAUUUCGAGCAUGGGAUACACGGCAAGGGCAUGUCGGUGAAGUUUUCUGGAGGGAGCACAAACUUCUCGACACCAAAAAAGGCUCUUCUUAUGCGGGCUGAGACUAACAUGCUCCUGAUGAGCCCAGCCACUGAUGGAAAGCCACACGCCAAGGGGGUACAUCAAUUUGAUAUUGAGACGGGGAAGGUGGUUUCUGAAUGGAAGUUUGAGAAGGAUGGUGCGGACAUUAACAUGAGGGAUAUCACGAAUGAUAGCAAAGGGGCUCAGCUGGAUCCAUCCGAGUCCACCUUCUUGGGACUGGAUGACAACCGGUUGUGCCGGUGGGAUAUGAGAGACCGGAGGGGCAUUGUGCAGAACUUGGCAAGUGCAACUGAAUCGCCUGUAUUGCAAUGGACCCAGGGGCAUCAGUUUUCCAGGGGGACAAACUUCCAGUGCUUUGCUUCAACUGGUGACGGUUCGAUUGUUGUUGGAUCAUUAGAUGGGAAGAUCCGCUUGUAUUCUAAGAGCUCUAUGAGGAUGGCAAAGACAGCCUUUCCUGGGUUGGGUUCACCCAUUACCCAUGUCGACGUGACAUAUGAUGGGAAGUGGAUACUUGGGACAACAGACACAUACCUGAUUCUUAUAUGCACCAUCUUCAUUGACAAAGAUGGAAAGGAGAAGAAUGGCUUUAGUGGGAGAAUGGGCAACCGAAUUGCUGCUCCGAGGCUGCUGAAGCUCAACCCACUGGACUCUCAUCUAGCAGGAGCAAAUAACAGGUUCAGGGAGGGCAGAUUCUCUUGGGUGACUGAGAACGGGAAGCAGGAGCGGCAUCUCGUGGCCACUGUGGGAAAGUACAGCGUGGUGUGGAACUUCUUGCAGGUCAAGAACAGCCACCAUGAGUGCUACCAGUACCAGGAGGGGCUUAAGAGUUGCUAUUGCUACAAGGUGAUCCCCAAGGACGAGUCAAUUGUGGCCAGCCGCUUUAUGCAUGACAGGUAUUCGGUCAGCGACUCCCCGGAGGCUCCACUGGUGGUGGCCACGCCCAUGAAGGUCACCUCCUUCAGCAUAUCAAGCAGGCACUAG